CGACCUACCUCACAAAUUUACAGAAAAAUUUUCCUCCCAUUUUCUUUUAAUUUUUGGCUAUAUAACUUUAGAACAGAAUCCGAAAAUAAAAUAAAAAAUAAAAAGUCUUCAAAAUUACCGCUAAAAUGUCGUUAAACAGGAAUUCCAUACAAAUUAAACUGCUGAAAAGUUUGUUGAAUUCCCGCAAAACAAUUGCCAGCCGGACCAUAUUUGACAUAUCCAAUUUGAGCGACUUUGAAAAGAAAGUACGACGUUCAAAGAGACCAGUUUUAGUAAAUUUUUAUGCCAGUUGGUGUACGCCCUGUAAAGCUCUCAUGCCCCGCCUCAAAUGUAUUAUAAAUGAGCAGAGAGGCAAUAUGGAGAUGGCGCGCAUUGAUAUCGAUGAAUUGACAGAUCUGGCAUUAUCGUAUAAUGUGGGUACUGUGCCGUCGAUACUGAUUAUGCACAAGGGCCAGGAGCUAAAUCGCUUGGAGGGGCUGCAGCCAUCAGAACAGAUAAGAAAUUGGUUAGCGACGGUUAUCAAAGAGAGUGCGCCCGAUUGCAUAUUUGUGAAAAAGUGAUUUGUUUUUUAUGUUAACGCAUUCACAGACAAUAACUAUGAAUAAACACGUUUUUAAUUAAU